AUGAAUAAUAAUUAUUUUAUAUUAUUCUGUAUUCUUGCAAUUAUUUCUCAGGUUCAAUCAGUUGAUCCUAGCUGUAAAGGUAUCAUAAAUACAAAUCCAAUAUUACACGAUGAACCAACUUUUGUAAAUUCGGUACCAAAUGGUAAACGUUUUGUUGUUGGAUCAGGUUAUGAUAAAAUUAAUAUUGUACAUCUUUAUGGUGGUACACCAUAUGACAUGGGUCUUGCACUUGGUAAAUUAAUGAGUGAAGAUUUACAACAUCUUGUUCCUGAAUAUUUUGCUUAUUUGGAUAACAAAAUUGAAGAUUUGAUUAAGACAUUACCACCAUUAGUUGCAAAAUGGAUUGCUGAAUUAGGUUUAUUAGGUGCUCUUGAUCUUAAUUAUGAAAUUACACGUUUUUAUACUCCACCAUGGUAUGAUGAAGAACUUCGAGGUCUUGCUGCUGGUAGUGGUAUAUCUUAUGAAAAUAUUCGUCGACUCAAUCUACUUCCAGAACUAAUCAAAGCUGCUUGUUCUGUUAUAGGAGCAUGGGGUCAAUCGACGUUGUCGAAAACAACAUUACUUCAUCUUCGUUCAUUAGAUUGGGAUGAAAAGGCACCCAUUGCUAAAUAUGCUACAGUAACUGUUUAUCAUCCAAAUACAUCAUAUGAAGGUUAUGAAAAUCAUUUUCAUGAUUAUUAUAAACAAAAAUAUUCGGGUUCUUAUACAUUUGCUAAUUUUGGUUAUCUUGGUCUUAUUGGAUCGAUUGGUGCUUAUAAUGAAGUUUCCGUUGGUUUAGGUCAAAAAGUUUGGAUUACAAAAGAACAAGAUAUAACAUCACGAUUUGGAAAUCCAUGGACAUAUGUUCUUCGAGAUGUUGUUCAAUUUUCUAAUACAAUAGAUACUGUACUAACUAUGCUUGUGAAUGCUAAACGUACUUGUUCAGUUCAUCUUGGUCUUGGAGAAUAUCAUCGAAAUACUUCAAUAGCUAGUGAUCAAACAAUCGAUUUUCUUGGUAUUGAAUAUAGUGCAAAAGAAUUUAACGUCUUCUCCUGGAAAGAUAUGUAUAAUACACCAAAUCAUCCAAUAUUAGAUGAUGUUGUUUAUUGGGAUCCACACCCUCAACCUUCGAAUGAUACAUGUUUAGGUAGUUUAUUAGUUGAACAUUAUGGUCAUCUUGAUGCACCAACCAUUAUUCGAAAUAUUACUAGUCAAUUAAGAACAGGCAAUACGCUUAAUUUAGUACUUGAUUAUGCUGAAAAUGCUGCCUAUCUAGCUUAUAGUGCUCCUGAUGACCCACAAGGGCCAUUAGAAGCUUUUAAUCGAGUUCAUACAAGACUUGACAUGGCUAAAUUAUUUGCUGAACCAGCACCAAAAUAA